AGACGGGAAAGGGGCAGCAUGGGUCACUUGCUGUGAUAUCCAGUGAGAUUUUCUUUGGAGUAUCACAACAGAUAGAGAGGAAGGAGAAUAGAUGUUCUAAAUAUACAACAAUGAAAGAAAAUGUACAGUACUAUGGUAAGAUAAUGCAUAAAUAAGGUGAAGAAUAUGCAUAUCAGCUCAGUGGUGCAUGACAAAGUGGAGUCCUUGUAAUACUGCACACAACGUGACUGCGUUUCACAACAAAACACAAAAGGUAUACACUGAGGUGUCAUGUACAGUAGAGACAGAAAAGCGAUAACUGCACAACAUGUGUUGGGUGAGCAAAGUUGAAUGUGUGUUAUGUUUGCUUAGUGGUUGGUGAGUGGACUGAGCACAAGGGCAAGUGACAGAGAGUGCAGAGGUCUGAAGGCAGAGGGUAAGAUUUUUUUCUUAACUAUUCAAUAUGGUGUUCUUGUAGUCUUCUAACACGUCUUGAAUAGCAGCAGGGGAAAUACUGUGACCUGAAUCACAUCCUUGAGUAUGGUACUUGGUCUGCAUGUGCACCAUAUGUGCCGACCUACUUUUCUGACAUUAAAACAGAACUGAAAUGGUUCCUUAUAUUAGGGCUAAAAAUGUCUUCCAAGCUCCAAGAAUUCCAGUUGCGUACAUCUACACUCUUAAGUCUAUUUAUGACCUGGAUGAAUGAACCUUCAUAGAUGUCUUAGGGAUCCUCACUGGCCUUCUACUGAUGUAAUGACGGUCCAUAGUGGCACCUGCCUGCUGUGCACUCCCAACAAUCUCAGGCUCUGGACUUGGGUUUGUUUCUUUCUCAUCUACACAUCAUCCCAGCUCUGUAAACGGUCUGUAAUCAACUCAUUAUUACUCAUCCGCAGGGCUCUGAAUUAACACCUGCCAACCGGCCAAAAAUAUUGGUAAAAUUUCAGUUUGGCUGGUAGAAUAGGUGAACUUAGUUGUCACCUUGAUCCAUUAGUCAGUGUGCAUUUGGCUUGUAAGAUUAACAUGUACCAGCCGUUGUGGCUGGUGAUGAAAAAAGUUAAUUUAGAGCCCUGCUCAUGUGUAUAUGUUCCUGUUCUCUGCCCAGUUACCAUAUUUGCCAUGUGUGUUUUAAAGAUUUUUCUCAAUGUCUGGUCUUUGGUGGGGUUCAGGCCACACCUGCCAUUGGAUCAUGUCUCAGCCUGCUGUCUUGCCUCUGUGUACUUUUGUUUUCUUUUCAGUAGCUACAGAAACUAAGGGCUACUAGCCUUUUCUAUAAUCUGUAUCUCAAGCGGUUAUGUGUCAUGAUAUUUUUAAAGUCUGUCCACUCGUUUCAUAAAAAUGUCCCAACUUCACAAUUUGUUUCCCAUCAAUCGCACCAGCAGUGCUUGGUAUACUUGUAAUGGUCAAGUUCUGCAAAGUGAUGAGCAACGGAAAUCGAGAGUGAGUAUAUUUCUGAAGGCAAUGAGGAAGUUUGAUCAGUCUGCUGUCCACACAUGGAGAGUCUUGUAUGGAUAUUCACGCUCAAGACUGCUGAUCACUACCAUUUACAGGUAAGUAGCCCAUUUGGAUGACCACUGGGCCUUGGGCUUUUACUGGGAAACAGAAAGAGAAAGUCCAGCAGAACGCACGGCUAAUAAAAGAUGGAGAUGGAGAUGGAGGAUAUGACCAGUACUGUCAGUGGAGCUGAAGGUGGACGUCAGGAGGAAAGGGCAGAGGCAGUUGGAAUGGAAGCUAAAGAGCGAGACAAUGAAGAUGAAACGUACGCCAGAAUUCAGCCAACUGAAGAUGUUUAUCAGACAGCAUUGUUGACCACACCGCCUCGAAAACAUCAAGCAAGUGUUCCGAAUUUUCGUCUGUUUCGGUCCUUGGCAGCAAUUCUCUCGAUUGUCUGUCUGGUCCUCCUGGCUGUCAUCGUUGCCCUUGCUAUAAAGUUGCAGACACAGACUAUCUGUCCAGAAGAGGUAGAUGGCAGUGUUGUCUCUGUCUGCAGUAGAGACCAGUGUGGGUCCCUUUACACUCAAAGACAAGUUCACGCCUGCUCAUGCCAAGAGUGUGGGGAGGGUUGGACUGAAUUUCAAGGCUUCUGCUUCUUUCUCUCUCGUACUCGCAACACUUGGCUGGACAGCAGAGCAGACUGCCAGAGCAAAGGUGGUGAUCUGGCGGUCAUAGACCAAGACAGCAUCAAGACCUUCCUGUCUCAAAAGGCCAAGGACCUUUACUGGAUUGGCCUACGGCGUUCUGACACUCACUGGACUUGGGUAGAUCAUUCCGCAGCUGGCCCUGGUAAUUGGUCUACCAAACCCGGACAAGACUGUGUGUACAUGGAUGGAAAUGCGAAGGCUAGCCGGAGCUGGAAGACUGAAGACUGUUCAUCUGUUACCUACUACAUCUGUCAGAAAACUCGCUGAGGCUCUUCUAUUGGCUUCACUUACAAUCAGUCUCAUUUGCAAUUUGAUCUCAUCAUACACACCAUGCACUGAAUCAUAUUUCCAUUCUACCGUAUGACAAGUCAUGUAGGCAAUUGGAAGUUUCAUCUUCAACAUUUUGCUAAAGCUAAAAAGUAAAAUGAACCCCCUUCAUCAUUUCCUUUUGUCAUUACGGCCAGCUUUUAGGUAUGAUAAAUGUUUUGCACUUUGAAUCCUUUUUUGCACUAAUGUAGUUACUGUAUUUUACAGAUUUUUGCAACAAUCAUUAUAUGUAUUUGGUAGUGUUUAUAAAUAAUCUACAUGUACAUGUGACUUAAGAUCAAAGUAAAGGUUUUAAAAACAGUUUAUUAUAUUAGUUACACUUAAUUGUAACAUUUCAUAUGUUUUUAUAUAUUGUAUAUACAGGUAUAUAGCAGUCCACUCUGGACCAUCAUGACUGAGGUUGGAAAGGUUUUCGGCAGUAUUUUGACUUUCUUCUGAGCUUGAUUCACAUGGUUAAAUAAAGAUAUUGAUACCAUUCCGUACCUAAAUACCACCUCUUAGAAAUGCCUUAAAAUCAAACACUUGUUCUUUUUUUCCCUGAAAUGUUCACAUGUAACACUGCUGAAAAUAAUUUCUUCAUUUGUCUAUAUGAUAGAAAUAAAAAGUUUCUCUUCCUCA